GCUGGCAUCGUCCUCAUAUUCUUCAACACCCUCACAAUCCCAUCUCGUGUAUUCUCAUUUUUACACUCUUUUAUUUUGUCUUAAAAAACCCAAACCCAAACCCAAAUUUUUUUGUUCCAUGCCAUAACGUUAAUAGAAUCAUGGUUCCAUUUAUCAAUUUUUUGAUCUUAUUUUCUACUCUGUUUUUCAUAGCAUCAACUGCGUAUGAUGGAGCCAUAACUUCAUCAUCGAUAUACGAAGUACUUAAGCUUCAUGGGCUUCCGAUGGGAUUGUUACCGAAAGGCGUGAAGGACUUCAUUUUGGAUAAUUCUGGGAAAUUUGAGGUUCACUUGGAUCGCGCUUGCAUUGCCAAGUUUGAAAAUGAACUGCACUAUGAACGGAAUGUUUCGGGUACUUUGCGUUACGGGCAGAUCGACGAGCUAUCCGGGAUUUCUGCACAGGAUUUGUUCCUGUGGUUCCCUGUUAAGGAAAUCCGGGUAGAUAUUCCGAGCUCUGGGUUAAUUUACUUUGAUGUUGGUGUGGUUUCAAAGCAGUUUUCAUUGUCUUCUUUUGAGACUCCCAGGGAUUGUUUGGCUGUGCAACUCCCAGAUCUUCAGGAUGGUAGACAUAUUGCCCAAUCCGUGUCUAAGAGCCAACUUGGGAAGCUCCGGUACCAUGAUCUUGGAAGGACAGCAUCAUCAUAGAUUUUGCAAGAGAAAAUAAUGAGCAAUAGCUCAAUCAUGAGUUGGAUUUUCAAUCCUUGUAUGUACGUUUGCAGAGAGUCUGGCUUAGCCAUUCACGUUUCUUCAUUGUAGUGUGCUUGCUUGCCGUUUUGUAUAUAGUGCAGCGUCUGCAAACUGGUCAUGCGGGCUCCUCUCCAUGUUGCAAUUAGUGGUUAAUUGAAUUUAGAGCUAAGCCGAAGACAGUAUGAAAAUCAUCAGGCUCUUAGACACGGAAGAAACAUAUAUGGGGACAGGGAGCAUCAGGACCAGGGACCAGGUUAUAAAUUUAAUCGAAGUUCAUAGACUACAAAAAAAUCAUUAUAGAUAUGGACAUAAACAUGAUUGUUGCAUCGGUUCUCUUUUUGUAGUGUACUUGUUAGACGACGAAGUAUACUGAGUACUGCCAUGGUAAAGAAUAAGGAAUGAGCUUUCUUCAUCUGGUUUUGCUUUUA